GUAGUGUAUACACAUAUAUAUAUACAUAUAUAUAUAUUGGGUGCAAUUCUGUUGUAAGCAAGAUCUUAUGUUGCAUGUUAAACAUCACUACCUCUUUAAAUCUGCCUUCUGUUUAAAAAGUGGACCCUCCUAGCAGCCAAUCAUAGAGUCCAGAGCGCAGAGGCACACUCACAUGAGAUAGUGCCGCCGCACCGAGCACUUUGUCUCUCCAAGAUGCUCCUCUUGCUGGCUCUAGCCGCCGUCCUCUCCGCAGGCUCCUCGAGGGAGCUAAACCGGACCUCCAAGCUGCCGGCAGACAGCACGGAGCAGUGCUCGGCGUGCGAGUUCAGGGAACACAGCAAGCAGAUGAGACUCUACAGCAUCAAGUCCCAGAUCCUCAGCAUCCUGCGGCUGGAGCAGGCGCCCAACAUUAGCAGGGACAUGAUCCAGCAGCUGCUGCCUAAAGCGCCGCCUCUGACGCAGCUCCUGGACCAGUACGAUCCGCGGGUGGAGGAAGAGGACCACGCCACCACAGAAACAAUCAUUACCAUGGCAACCAAGUCAGACGCGACGGGUAGGUUGUCUUAUUGCCUGUUCAGUCUCAGUCCGAAGAUCCACCCUGAGAACAUCCUGAGCGCUCAGCUGUGGGUUCACCUGCGGCCGGUCGACAUGGUCACCACGGUCUUCCUGCAGAUCUCACGCUUCAAACCCGACAAGGAGGGAAACAAUACCCGGGUCAGAGUGCGCUCUUUGAAGGUCGACACUGACGCCGGCGCCGGUUCCUGGCAGAGCAUCGACAUCAAGUCUCUGCUUCAAGCGUGGCUGCGUCAGCCGGAGAGCAACUACGGCAUCGACAUCAACGCUUUUAACCCCCAAGGAGUAGACCUGGCAGUCACGUCCGCAGAACCCGGAGAGGAAGGCCUGCAACCGUUCAUCGAGAUCAAGAUCCUGGACAAUCCAAAGAGGUCCCGGCGCGACUCGGGCCUCAACUGCAACGAAGAGUCCGCUGAGACGCGCUGCUGCCGUUACCCGCUCACCGUGGACUUUGAGGAGUUCGGCUGGGACUGGAUCAUCGCACCGAAGCGCUAUCGAGCCAACUACUGCUCAGGGGAGUGCGAGUUCCUGCACCUGCAGCAGUACCCGCACGCGCACCUGGUGAACAAGGCCAACCCGCGGGGCACGGCCGGGCCCUGCUGCACGCCCACCAAGAUGUCGCCCAUCAACAUGCUCUACUUUAACCGCAAGGAGCAGAUCAUUUACGGAAAGAUCCCCUCCAUGGUGGUGGACCACUGCGGCUGCUCCUGAUGUGCGCGACACUUAGAUACGGUCGUGGAUUUGUAGGGUUUUAAAAAUCAAACUACAUGCAAGGACACAGUAUUUGUUUUAGUGCAUUUGGAUUCACACGUGACUGUGAGCUCCACGACGCCGUGGCGGACCCCCUGCUGCUUCCGAUCUCUUCUGAUUUGAGCUUCGGCCAAAAGAAAGUCUGCAUGAUGUCCAACAUGUGCUUUUAUUUGAAAAACAACGAACUGAAUGCCCUUUCAUUCCCUGCGCAUGUUUACAAACCCCUUGCUGGGAAUCACACACCAUUUAUUUAUCAGGACAUCUAGCAGGUUGUGUACAAUUUAUAAGAUGAGAUCACCAGGGAAACAAGUCCCUCCGUACAGUUUCUAACAUAAGCAUUUAUUUGGGCUUCACAAUAAAUGCCAAACACACAAAAGAAACAAUAUAAAAGAUAUAGGUUAGUGAUUUGCAAAUCAUUUGUAUUCCGUUUAUAUUUACAUCCAACCAGGAUGUAACCAAUCUGGCGCCCUAGGCAAGAUUUUAGGUGGCGCCCCCCCCCACAUCGGCAGUGAAGUGUAUAUACUCACAAGAAACCGAAUAGCUUUGUCUUUGACCUUUUUUUUUUACUUAAAGAAAGCAAAUUAACAAUCAGAAUAGUUAACAAGAUUAAAAAAAAUAUGGAUAAAUAAAUGAAUAAAAAAAAUGAUUAUAUGAAAUACAAUAUUUUUUACAUACAUAAACACAAAAUAAAACGUGUCAACAAGUUGCAUAAAAUAAAUUAAAAAUACAAUAUCAAUAAGGCACUGCACAAAACAAGAUAUCAAACCAGUAUGACUUUAACAACUAUAUUACAAAAAAAGUUCUCUAUUGUGCUUUUUAAUAUUGCAUUAACUAGAAUGACUUACAAAUGACUGUACACCAGGGAGUACUGUAAUUACCUAACGUUACAUUAUUAUUUUCCAUAACAAUUUAGCCCCCUCCACAAU